AACACUGAGAGAAAGAGACAGAGAGAGGAGAAAAGUAAGUGGUGCUAGCUACACUUUCUCUCUCACCUACAAACACGCACAGAAACACACACAGAGAAAUAGAAAGCACCACUUGUUGUCUGAUUAUCCAGCUUUGCAUCAUGGAUAACUAUGUUUUAGUUUCUGUGUUACACAGACACACACACAAAACACACAGUAAUUGUACUUGUAAAGAUCCACAGCUAGCAUAGCAGAGCUGCAGCUUCUUUGUCAUCAUUAAUUUGCUUUAAGUACAAAACUUUUGCUGCUUCUCCAGUGUAUUCAACACUUUAUAUAUUUACUGCUCUUGCACACACAUAUAUGUGAUUUAUUAGGUUCGAAAUAAUGUUGGAGAAGAUGGAAGCCAUAUUUGACCCCGAGAGAGUUAUUGAAGAAUUUGAGGCUAUGACGAAGGAUGCGGGGAGACUUCAAAAGGAGACCUUGAGGAAAAUUUUGGAACAAAAUGGCAAGACAGAGUAUUUACAGAAAUGGGGUCUUGAUGGAAAAACUGAUCCACUUAGUUUUACACGGUGUGUUCCUCUUGUCUCCCACGAUGAUUUGGAGCCUUACAUCCGGAGAAUCGUGGAAGGUGAUGAUUCCCCGAUUCUCACAAAAAACCCCAUCAAAACGAUCUCACUAAGUUCUGGUACUACUCAAGGCAAGCCUAAGUUCAUACCUUUCAAUGAUGAAUUAGUUGAAUCCACCAUGCAGAUAUUCACAACUUCUUAUGCCUUUAGAAACAGGUUAUUUCCUCUUCGAAACGGAAAGGCUUUGCAGUUUAUUUAUGGUAGCAAGCAAUUCCAGACACAAGGGGGAUUGGCAGCCGGGACUGCUACUACUAAUGUUUUCCGGAGUCCACAGUUCCAUAAAACAAUGAAGGCGAUACAUGCCUUAUGUUGUAGUCCAGAUGAAGUAAUAUUUGGUCCUGACUUCCAACAAUCCUUGUACUGCCAUCUCCUAUGUGGACUUAUUUACCGCUACGAUGUUCAAGUUGUGUCCUCUACAUUUGCCCACAGCAUUGUACAUGCCUUUAAAACUUUUGAACAGGUCUGGGAAGAGAUUUGUGCUGACAUACGUGAUGGAGUUCUCACAAGUCGAGUUACUGAUCCAACCAUUCGAACAGCUAUUGCAAAACUCCUCAAGCCAAAUCCUGAAUUGGCUAGUUUAAUUCAUGAUGUGUGUUCGGGGUUAAGCAAUUGGUAUGGUUUAAUACCAGCACUUUUUCCUAAUGCCAAGUACAUAUAUGGUAUAAUGACGGGGUCGAUGGAACUUUAUGUGAAUAAAUUGAGGCACUAUGCAGCAGACUUACCACUGUUAAGUGCUGACUAUGGCUCUUCUGAAGGCUGGAUUGGGGCAAAUGUCAACCCGUGCUUGCCUCCAGAAUCAGCAACUUUUGCAGUGCUCCCUAAUAUUGGGUAUUUUGAAUUCAUUCCCUUGAAAGAUAUAUCUGACUUCGUUUCAUCAGAGCCCAAGCCUGUUGGUAUGACUGAAGUCAAUGUUGGUGAAGAGUAUGAGAUCAUCGUCACCAAUUUUGCAGGGAUGUAUAGGUAUAGAUUAGGCGAUGUGGUUAAGGUGAUGGGAUUUCACAAUGCUACCCCGGAACUCCAAUUUGUUUGCAGGAGAAACCUUCUGCUCAAUAUCAAUAUUGAUAAGAACACAGAGAAAGAUCUGCAACUAUCGGUUCAAACUGCAGAGAAGCUGCUAGCUGCAGAAAAACUCGAAGUUGUGGAUUUCACAAGUCAUGUCGAUUUAUCAACAGAACCUGGUCAUUACGUCAUCUUCUGGGAAAUGAGUGGGGAAGCAAACGAUGAGGUCCUGAAAGAAUGCUGUAAUUGUUUGGACAGAUCAUUUGUCGAUGCUGGCUACAUGGGGUCUCGCAAAGUUAAGACCAUAGGACCGCUGGAGCUUCGUGUUCUUAGGAGGGGAACUUUUCAUGAAAUUCUCGACCACUUUAUAGCAAUGGGAGGCGCCCUUAGCCAAUUCAAAACUCCAAGAUCUGUGAGUUCCAAAAACAGCAAAGUGUUGCAGAUAUUAUGUAACAAUGUUGUGAAGAGCUACUUGAGUACCGCUUAUGAUUAAGCUAUCUUCAGUUUGAGCAUUGUGAAUUGUGAAUCUGUAUUCUUAAAUUGGUUGCGCCUCAAAAUCAUAAAUAGAUUUCUCUGUUUGUUCUUAUCAA